GAAAGAAAACAAACCAUACCACCAUCUGAGUUGAAAAUAUUGUAAUCUGGUUAGCGAUGGAGACACCAACGUGUCGUGUUUGCCUAAGUGAAAAUGGAAAUAUGGUCGAUAUGUUUAAAGGGACACUUGAAUCCGAAUCCAUUGUGAAUAUCGUUUCCCAGUUCAGCGGCUCUAAAAUUGCAAGAGGGGAUUUGUUCCCUGAAACCAUUUGCUCUUCCUGCCUGCAGGACGCAAAAAAUGCAUUUGGGUUAUCAAAAGAAGUGCCUCAGUUUGAGGAAGAAGUGGUCGAAGUGGAACCACAUGAAGAGCCGUUCCAGUGUCAGGUGAAGAACGAGCCCCUGAAUGAAGAGGAGUUGGACUAUCAGCACGAUGUCCAAUUUAACGACGAAGUGGUGGAUGAGGAGGAACCACCUACAAACCUGUUCCAGGUGAAGAACGAACCUCUUGAGGUCGAUGAAUUCGAAGAAGAAAACCGUCUUAAUUCAAACAGCGACUUUGAGGAAUUGGUAGACGAAGUUAAAGUCGAGGAGACUGAAAUCGAUAAUGAAGAAGAAAUAGACGGAGACGAUGUAUAUUAUGAGUCUCGCCAUGGCGAGAGUAAUAAGAAAUGCUAUGCUUGCCUGAAGACUUUUAUAAUUAAAUGUGAACUCAAGGAUCACUUGCAAACCCACACAGGAUAUCGUCCGUUCCAGUGCUCACACUGCUCCAAGGCUUAUACAACGAAUUUGAGUCUAAGGAAUCAUUUGCGCACUCACGCAGGAGGACUGCUCAAGUGUUCCCACUGCGAAGAGACUUUUAAAAAAAUAGCCAGUCUUAGCACACACUUAAAAACGCACACUAGUGAACCAUUGUUCAAGUGUUCUUACUGUUUUAUGCCUUUUAUUAACAAAUCAUGUUUUCAGGAACAUAUGGAAACCCACAAAAAACAGUUACGGUGCUCUCGUUGUUCACUGACUUUUACCUCAAAUCCUGCUUUGCAAAAGCACUUGCGAACCCACGAAGAAUCUUCCAGAGGAUCGUUCCCAUGUUCAUAUUGUCCAGCGAGUUUUUCACAUGUUUCGAGUCGUAAUAGACACGAAGUAAUCCACUCAGAACUACGACCGUUCAAGUGUACCCAUACCGACUGCUCAUUGUCUUUCAAACGGAGUCAGUGUCUUCAAAAACACCUGAUAUCGCACUCAUUAAAACAAAUGGGACGCAAUCAAACGCAGUUUAAGUGCCCCUACUGCGAAAAGUCUUUUACCCGGAAACUAAGUUGUCAAUCACACAUGCGAAUCCACACAGGUGAAAAACCGUUUCAGUGUUCCCACUGCUUAAAGUCUUUUAUCAGUAGUUCUUAUCUUGAUAAGCACUUGCGAUCGCACUCAGAACGACUGUUCGAGUGUCCCCACUGUAAAAAGUCUUUUACACAGGAUUUGAGUCUUCAGAAGCACUUGCAAACUCACAUAGGAAUAGGACAGUACAAGUGUUCCCAGUGCCCAAAGAUCUUUCCCAGUAAUCUACAUCUUCAAAGGCACCUACACACGCAUUCAGAAGUUCUUCUCUUUAAGUGCUCCCACUGUCCAAGGGCGUUCAGCGAGAAGGACAAUCUUCAGACACAUUUGCGAACGCAUACAGGAUAACACCCAUUCCAGAAUCUUUUUCCAUAAUACAGAUCUUAAGCGAAAUUUUGGGAAGCAAACGUUCGAAGUCGUUCCAUAGUUUUGAAGAUAAAGCUAUCAACUUCGAUCGAGAUACAUUUGUAUCUCCGCAGUCUGCACUUUAAAAUCUUAAAGUAAUGGUAGCUCACCUCGCAUUUUGAUAUUAUAGCGAUGGAAAAAAGAUAAUGUUAAUUUUUUAUUUAGUUUUGUACUUUUCGAUAACUGCCUACAACAAUGUUGAAGACGUAUACCUGAAAUUUGAAUGGGGUUAAGGUUUUUUCCUUAUAGAUCAAGCCAUAUAUCAUAGCCAAAGGGAACUAACUUGUUUCGACCAGUACUUAAAGAUUUAAAAAUCUUUGCUCUUCGCAACUAUAAAAAACUUCAAGCUUGAUUUGUUUUUCAUGAAAAUCUGUUUAAAGAUUUUUAAAUCCAAACCACGUUAUUUCUAAAAUUGUUAUUCUCAUAAUAAGAAAAUAAAUAAAAUUAAAACCAAAA